CAAUUGGCUAAAAGGAGUGUCAAUCACAGGGAUUAGGCGUUACCGUAGUCAAUAUACGCCCUGUUUCCGGAUGCGGAUCUGGACUUCAGUAGCAGUUUAAGCUAUUCGUGUUAGAAAGUGUGAGCUGUUGGAUCAGAGUCCAUGAUGUUAUGAAUGCAUUGUAAGAAGUGAUUCUUUCAUUUUGAGAUCGUUUACUGUGUUUAAAAAAUGUAUGCAAUCUUGCUAUUUUCUAACGUAAAACAUAGCUGCCAUAUAAUCUGUUUUGCUAAUAGGACAUGUUUCCUAAGUCAAUUUUUGGCGCCUUUGCAGUCUAUCAGACUACAUCCUGAUCCAAGCGGCUGCUCUGGUAGAUGACAAGGAUGCCCCCAGAGACUCAGUCGGUUGUAUGCGCUACACAAGCCUGGCUGCUGUCAACAUGGCAUGUCCAGGUGCCUUUUGCCUGGCUGGAGGCUUGUGUGGAAUGGAUUAAAGGAGAGGCAGGUGGAAUGGCUCGUCUGGCGCAGCAGCAAAUCAAUCAACAGGUGAUGGAUCAGUGGCUGUUGACAGACCUGAGAGACCUGGACCACCCCGUUCUCCCUGAAGGGCUCGCUCAGGCCCAGAAGACGGAGCUCAGAGGCACUUUCUGUGUUCAGGUCGACUCACAGCUGGACGUCAGUCAGCCUGCAUACGGUCAGCUGCAGAAGUGGAGGGGUGCUGACUGCACCAAUGAGGAAGUGACUGCUGUCACACAGGCCACUCAGAGACCUUGGGAGGCCAAAUCCAACCGCAUGUUGCUGCUGCAGGUAACAGAUGGCGUUCAGAGCCUGGAGGCCAUGGAGUAUCAGCCUAUCCCUGCUCUCAGUGCAGCCAUCAGGCCUGGUGCAAAGCUGCAGCUGCAUGGGCAGAUGGUUUGCAGACUUGGCGUGCUGCUGUUGGGUCCAUCCAAUGUCAAGCUUCUGGGCGGUGAGGUGGAGGACUUGGUGGACAGGAAUAAUCAGGGCAGCGUGCUGUGUCGGACACUGGGCCUUCCUGAGGAGCAGCAGCAGGAACAGCAACAAGAUAACCAGGAAAUGGAGGACCUGGAGGUGGAUGAUGCGGAGCUGUUGGCUGGUCUGGAAGGGCAGAGGGAUGCUGAACUGCUUCAUGUUGGACCUUCCCAGGACAGUGGCUACACGACCCUGCCAGAGAACCUCACUAUGUCUUCUCUAAACUCCUCUUUUAGAAGCCCUGGGUCUUUCAGAAGUGAAACGUCCAGCCGCUCCGGUAGAGGUGCUUUGACCCAGAGCAGCAGAGGUGGUUCCGUCCAUGUCAGUUACAACGCUCAUGAACAACAAGACUCUGUGAUUCAUCAAGCCGUCCAACAGGAAAAUUUAGCAGACGUAGACUUUCCCGAUGAAGACUUUGACGAUCUGCCCCUGGAUGAGUUGGAUAGUGUUGUAUCUCUGGAAAGGGAGGACGAGACUGCCCAGUCAAAUGGGGGUCACAGAGGAACACCCUAUAAUAACGAAGUGGACCGAGAUACAGAACCCCAAAGUGCUCCAUUUGAGAUGCAGACUGCAAGUGUAUUUGGCUCCAGAUCCACCGCACAGAAAAGAGACCAUCGAGGAUGCACGACAGGGGCUUCGGGGUCAUUCAACCCAGCGCCUUCCGAGCCCUGGCUUUCCUCAGCAGCUCUAGAGGCAUCACAGGAAAUCGGAUUUGUGACUAAUGAUGAGAGGGAGUUUAUAGAUGAGGACAUGGACUUGGUUUUUCAGGAGGCUGAUCCCAGUGGUCCACAGACGGACUGGAGCGCUGGAAGGGCUCCGCUCCACGUUGAAGAGGGAAAUGGUGGAGACAGAGGGAGCGAAGCAGAUGCCAAAGGCUCCUGUCCCGGACUCGGCAACAAACUAAUAAAAACAGUCACCGGCACACCUCAAGCGACGAGUUGCAGCCCAAACACUGCAGAAUUAAACAGAGCGUCCUCUGAAACAGGCACCCAGAGCAACAGGACUGGCCCUGCUGUCACUCUGACCUCUCCACCCUUUACCUACCUGAGCUUGCUGGAAGAAUUGCUGUCCAAACCACACCCACAACCCACCGAGAUUAAUGUCAAAGCUUUCAUUGUCACCCUUCUGGGGAAACUGAGCAGCAACAACUCCGCUUGGAGCAUCUUCGCGACAAUAUCUGACGGAACUGGUUACCUUGACGUAGAGCUGUCCAACGAGGUUCUGACAGGCCUUCUGGGCUUCUCGGUCACAGAAAAGGGGGUUCUGAAGCGUGACCCGUCCAGGAGGAGCCAGCUGGAUGCCGGAAUGAGGAGGUGCCAGGAGGAGCUGGUAGACAUGUGCUGCAUCAUGAAAAUUGAGGUCGAGCCGGAGGGCAGGAGAGCUGUGGUGGUGAAGGCCGAGCCUGUGAGCGAGAGAGUGCUCCAGGAGCUGGAGCAGAGGGUGAAUCAGAGGUGGAAAUAAACGCUGUGGAGUUGUUGAAUGUAAGUAGGCGAUGAUGAGAAAAUUACCUUCAGCGGAAAAGUAUAUUGCCCUAAAGCAGAGAUGUAAAAUUGCCAAUAAAACGGAGGCAAAUGGUUCGGAAAGAAAAUGUAUCUUUGGUGUAAUGAAAUAUAAAUGUUUCUUUUUUUAGGAUUUAGAGAGUCAAAGACCUGACCCGGGUGUCUGAUCGGUAAACCAGGUGUCACCAUGCAUCCCCAGUGACACUCUGCCAGUUGUCGAGAGGAUGUCAUUAAUCUGUUCAUUGGGGAGUUGUAGGCUUUAAAUUUACUGCCUUACCUUCUGUAAACAGACUCAAGAAGCAAAGAUGCUUCUAUUUUCAGUAUUGACACAAAUGGAUUAUUAGUUUCAUAAGUUUGUUCAAUCCAGAGUUGAGCAUCACAAAUUCUGGGUAACAUUUAGAGCUGCAGGAGGAGAGUGGAGAUGAGAGAAGGGAAAUGGGGUCUUCUUAUUCUGAUUGCAGUAAUGAAUUGGCAGCCUUUGCAUUCAUUCACGGCAGCCAUUACUUACAACUCAAAAGUGAUUGAAUAACCAAGGGCAGCAUGGGUCUCUAAUAAACUUUCCCCGGAGGAGAAUGAGAGGAAUGGAAGAUAAAGGAGAGGCCAUGAGUUUGAUUAUGUCUCUUCAUUACUGCAACUCGUACCGACUUUUGUUGCAAAUCUCUGUCUUUGUUUGUAUUUUCUUCAUUUUUCAAUAAAAUUCCUGUAAGAGUUUUUUAUAAUUGUUGCUCCCUUCGACCAAUAAAACAUCUAUGACCUUG